AUGUCUCGAUUGGUUCCGUAUUUGGUAACACCGGAACCCAAGCGAAUUGCCCAUUUCAUUGGUGGUCUGGCCCCAGAGAUCAAGGCCAGUGUAAAGGCAUCUCGACCUGCUACUUUUAGGUCAGCAGCUGAUUUAUCCUUGUCUCUUACCCUAGAUGCGGUCAGGCAGAGAUCGCUUCGGCAUUCGGAUGAGAGGAAGAGGAAGCGUGAGGAUGAGAACUCACGAUGUUCCGAUAAGAAGCACAAAGGGAACUCCGAGCACAAGAAGAGUUCCGGGUUUAGAAAGGAUGAUCAGCAAUUGGGUGAAAAGCCCAAGUGUAAAGUUUGCAAGAAACGUCAUCUGGCUUGUAAAGGUGAACCGACUAAGAAGACUAUCGAUAGAUAUUGUCAUCUUGUCCAGGAAAUGAAAAGGUUGGACAUCAAAAAGGAAGAUGAAGAAUGGAAAACUGCUAUCAUGAAUAAUCCAUUUGCUCAACAAGAUGAGAGUCUAUACUAUAGAGGAAGCAAAUUUGAGACUACUCCGAGUUCGAAGAUUCAGACUGCUUUCAGUGCUGAUAGUACUUCCGGAACAAAUGUUGCUCAACAACCAUAUCAACAACAAUCUUCAAGCUCAAAAACUAUUCAAAUUGAAGAUGAAAAGAAGAAGAAAGCUUUUUUUGGUAUAAUAGACCAAGAUGAUGAAAUGUUUCCAGAGGGAUUUAGCUGGGAUAAAUACAUUCCGGAUAAAAAUUACUUAAAAGAUAAAGCCUUUGUUGCUCAAAUCUUGGAAGAAGAGUCAGUCAAAUCUAAGCCAAAAAGAAAGAAGAUUUUAAAGUCAUCAGAAAGUGAAGAAGACACUGAUGAUGAGGAAGAGUAUAUUAAUAAUGCUAGAUUGGAAUUGGACUCAUUUAGUUUUAAUUUGUUUUUUGCAGAUAAAAUCGAGAUGUUGAAAGAGAAAAGGACUGCUCGACUGAAGAGAGAAUUGGAAGAAUUGGAAGCUAAAAGGAUUACUGAAGAAAAAGAAAAAAUGGAAGCUGAGAAAGUAAAAGUUGAAGAGAAACCGACACAGAAGGUCGAGAUUGAUGAAAGUGAAGGAAUGAUAAAAGUUGAGAAAGAACAGAAUGUGAUUGAGAAGGUCGAAUCUCGAUCCUACAAGUGGUAUCAGAGCCAAGAUGCGACGUUAGAUUGCAAGAAAAUAAAGGAUGCGGCGUGCUAUAACUGUAACGAGAAGGGGCACAUCAAGUCCAACUGCCCUAAGUUUGCCAAAAAGCCUGAAGAGACCAAAAAGACCAAUGCUAGGGUCUUUCGAAUGGUUGCACGAGAAGCCGUCCGGGAUGAUAAUGUGACAACAGGUAAAACACUUAAUACGGUGAGGUUAAGUACAUGGCAUUGUAGUGGAACGGCUAAAGAUUAA